UAAAAAAAAUGUAAAUUUAUUUUACAUUAUUAUUGUCGUAGUUACUUGUUAAAUUUAAACGACGGACUAAAAAAAAUGGAGAUAAAAAAUUUUGUUGACAUACCAAAGGAAGAGCAGGCUAAAUUUAUUAAUUCAUUUGAUCAAAUAAUGUUUGAUAUUGAUGGAGUUGUAUUGGUGUAUUUGAGUCCAAUCGUAGGAGCAUCAGAAUGUGUCAAAAACUUGAAAAAAUUAGGCAAAGCUGUUCACUAUGUUACAAAUAAUACUGUUAUGACGACGGAAGACAUAUCUAAAGCUCUAAUCGAGAGGAAUUUUGAUACCACAACUCGUGAUAUUGUCACUCCAAUAGAGACAAAUAUAGCCUAUUUAAGUAAACAGAAUGUGAAGAACAAUAUUUUCCUAAUGAGUAACAAUCCGCAUAAAGAUGCACUUAAAAAGGCUGGCUUUAAUAUAUUACCUGAAAAAUUCCAAAUUAUAGAAGAAAACACAAACGCACUUUUUGAACAUUUUGAUAGCAAAAUAAAUGUAGAUGCUGUCAUUUACGACUUUGAUUUCAAUAGUAACUAUGUACAGCUGCAGAAAGCAUUGUGGUGUUUACAAAACAAUCCGGACUGUAUAUUUUUAGUUACACUUAACGAUAAAACUGGACCAACUGGCCCAAGAGGAUGCAUACUUGGGCCAAAUAUAUUUGUCGAAACACUAAAGAAUUUGAGUGGAAAGAACUUUAUUCAGGUCGGAAAACCUUCUGAAACUUGUGUCAAUUUCAUCAAAGAAAUGUAUCAUGUAAUCGACCCCAAAAGAGUACUAUUCGUUGGAGAUUCAAUUGAAUCAGAUAUGAGUACAGGAGCUAUAGGAGGUUUCCAAAAGAUGCUAGUGUUAACUGGUUCAACAAAAAUAGAAGAAAUUACAGAUUGGAAGUUUCCUGAAGAAUAUAAACCAGAAUUCUAUGUAGAAAGUUUGGAUGUUUUAAACAAAAUUAUUAAAUCCAUUUUUCCAGAUUUGUAACCUCACAAAAACUAUAAAUAAAUAAAGUUUUACA